GCGUGACGUCACAACGACGUACACCUACAAUGGCAGCCGCACGGGACAGUGACAUCUCGCUGUGGCUUCAUAACAAACUCGGAACCUCCGCGGAUACGUGGUCUGAAGGCUCUAUAUGUUCGCAGCUGAACGUUGAAGUACUCAGGAACAUUAAGGAAUGCUUUGUUGAGCUGCAGACGCAAGUGAAGCUGAAAUUAUUGCUGUCUUUCUUCCACAUCCCGAAGCGCAAUGUUGAAGAGGUGGGUCGUUGGGAGGUACUGUGUGUGAGAGAGAGGCGGACGCGCGUUCCUUCAGUGCCGCGCCUGCCGCUGCUGAUGAUGCUACUCUUGUCUCAUGUCUGCCCCGACACCCUAAACCCCGAGUCUCCACCCUGCCAUGACUGUCUCUCCCUCCCCCCGUGGUGCGAGUGUCGGGGAGGACGUGGUUGCAAACGAAGCUCUCGUCUGCCGCAGGUUUCAGUGGGCGAGGAGGAGGCUUCCCCCUCGGCACCACGACUCCCUUGCGUGUAUGGUUGUGUGAGUGUGUAGGGGGCUUCUUUCUUCACCUCCUCCCCUUUGGCACAGCAACCCCUCGGCCCUGGAGACCUGUAUUUUAACUAGUCGAGGCCCCCAGGGGUGGGUUCUCGCCAGGGCUUCCCCCGCGAGCGAGUGAGGCAGAGGAACCCCAGCCGAGGCCAUGAUGAAUCCUCCCCCGUAAGUGCAGCGCUCGGUCGGGCCGCCCUUGGGACCUCGGCCUUGGGAAAUCGCAGGAUGCUGGGGCUUCUGUAGGAUUGUGUGAGGUUUCCCGGUCAGGCGAAAAGUUGGGAGGAGGAGUAGGAAAUACGUUCUCAAGGAACGGCAUGACAAAUCGAUAGGCGAUGGUCGGAUUCUUGCUUGAUUUUGUUAGGUUACAGGUUUGUGGCAGGAAUUGAGAUAGGUGCAUUAAAUUUAAUUUCAUAAACCUGUAAUUUUCCAUCCUAAAGUAUGGGUCACCUAGACUUCAGCACUAAGUUCAGCACAUUUGAAAUUAUUUAGGUAAAUAUUCCAUAGGUAAUGACCAUAAAGGAUAAGUAAAUGUACCUAUAGUUUCUAUUAAAAGUACCAAUGUCUGGGAAUCAGAGCAUAUGUGGUAAAUAUUUUUUUAUGCCCUGGGUCUCCACUCAUUGUGCUUCUCUCUAUAUAUGCACAUAAGUGUUUCAUUGUUGACUCCCUGGCAGUUUAUCUUGUAAUCAGGAACCAAACUAAACAGUCUUACAGGAUAUACUUGGAGGAGGUUCGUUGGCCUCUAAGAGAGCUUCAAACUCGGAUCUUACAAACUACAGUCCCAUUCAAGACAUUUACCUUAAUUUGAUCUGCAUGUGGAAAAUGCCAUAUUUAUACAAGUGUUUGUAUAAGCAAUAAUAAUACUGUAAAUGAUGAUGGCAAUAUAGUGUAGU